UUUAUAUAAACAUGGAAGUGUUGUCACGUUUUAAUAGAUAUCUAUCAAAUAAUUAUAUUAUUUUGGUGAUACUGGUGCUAAUUAGUACACUUUAUAUAGACAUUUGCAAUGCCGUACCCCAAAAACCACCCGGGUAUUUUGCCAGAAAACUUGAUGAAUAUUUCGGUACAAUCAAAUGUAUGGCCAAUAUUAUGGAGGAUCUCAUGCCAGAGCCCAAUACACUGGUAUUUUGUUGUGGCGUAUGGCUAAUGCACGAUAUGAUGUCGUCGAUGGUAUUGGACUCGUGCUAUGAACAUAACUACCAUCAGGUGCGCAAUCUUACCCAACCGUUUAUCGAGCACAUGGAGGCCCAAUGUUGGGACUAUCCGCGCGAUGCGUUUGCCUGCAAGUUCCUGAUCAUUACGCCCAUCACAAUACUAGUACUAUUGAUACUAUUGAUGCUUACCCUAAGUAUCUGUGCAAUUGUUACGUGUGUCCGACUCCGACGGUAUCAAAGUUUAUAUGAUUUUAAUAAAAGUCAAGCUUUCGAUAGCGAUAUCACUGACGAAACGACAGACGAAACGGCCGUACAGUCGAUGGACGUCAAGAAAAAGCCAAUCGAUGUCUAAUUUGUUAUAUAUUUUUUUAAAUAAAUAUAAAAAAUACAUUAAUUUAAUAAUAAUAAUUAGUCUGCAUUUUAUUAUCUACUGUUCCCACUAAAAAUAUAUGACAUAAAUCUAUUAGUUAUUUGUUUGACUGUAUUGACUCUAUAGAAAAAAUAUAUAUAAUU